AUGUUUUCCAUCAAGAACAAUAUCUUAUAUUUCAUAGUUUUUAAUACUCUUGUCCAAAUUCAAAGUCUUGUGGAAGUGCCGGCAGUAGAAGACAACGAAAUAGCUACCACCGAGUCGAUCCUGCGGACCACCGUCAACCGCAUAUUCUCACUUUUCCACCUCAAACGAGUGAAACACAAGGCGAGGAUUAAAGAGUUUGCAGCUAUUCACAACUUCUUCGUGACGAUCACCUUACAGGAUCACGACAAUCUGAAGCAAAUCGCGAGGCUAGCCAAAGUUAACAACGUCGAUAACACGACUCAACUUUUUAUUACGGAACUGAAUGAGGUUUUAAAUGAGGACAUUAAAACCAAUGAGGCAACAGAGGAGGAUAUAACUAAACUCAUAGGGACGUUUAUAAAUAAACUUGAAAAUCUUAAACAGGUUUAUCGCUACAAGACUAAUAACUUGGAUGUUAAUAAAGAGGUUUUGAAGUUUUUAGAUAGAGAUAAUGACGUUUUUGAAAAUGUUAGAAGACAUGUAAAGAAAACGAAUCACACUGAUGAAAAUACUACAGUUACAGAUGAUAGUGAAGAUGAAGCAUCGUAUUGGCGUCCGAAUGGGCGUCGCGUUUACCAGGCCCAUAGAGUAAGUAUCAAGCGGUAUCCCUUCAUGGCGAGUGUCCAGUUCUUCAAGAAGUUCCAAUGCGGCGGUUCUAUCAUUAAGUCGGAUCUCGUCAUCACCGCGGCUUCCUGUUUGCAAUUGGCUUGGAACAACCGUUUCUUCCGUGAGAAUCCUUCGUUCCUCUCCGUCCAGGUCGGCUGCGACUUCUACGAGGGUGGAGACGAGAAUAUUCCAAUCCAGGAAGUCUACUUCCAUCCAGAGUACACUCCAAAGAACUUGAGGAACAAUCUCGCUAUCAUGAGGCUCUCACGAGUCCUCAAUUUCCAAAGGAAAGGUACAAGAAUAAAGAAGAUUGAUUUUGAUAGGAAUCCUUGGCCUCUGCCCGAAAACAUAGGAGCCAUCACUAUUGUUGGUUGGGGAGCUCGGACCAGCAGCAAUCUCCUGACCAAUCCGUGGGACAAUCGACUUGGUUUUGCUCACUUAGACUUCUACCCGAUAGAUCUAUGCAGAGAAGUCUAUUCAACUGAAUAUGUGACCACUAAGAAUUUUUGUGCCGGAUUCUUUUCAACGGGAGGCGGAGCAUGUAAUCGUGAUGUUGGCGGCCCUGGCAUCGCCAAUGGGAUCCUCAUCGGGGUGGUGAGCUUCGGUUCACCCAACUGCGGCGCUAAUGAUGCUCCUACGGUUUUCAGUAAACUGGGCUUCUAUACUGACUGGAUCGAAAACAUUCUAGACAUGCAAAUACCUAAAAAGACUAUGAAGACCACACCAAGGCCCCCUAAAAUGGAAUUCAUUGUUGAAGAAAAUUACCUUACAACAGCGCCUCCAGAAAUGUUUAAACCAUUUAGAAUGGGAGCCGAACCACCAUUUGAACCUAUUCAAGAAGCAGAUAAGGAUAUUUUGAGAACAAUUGAUGACAGUCAACUCUUUAAGGAAUUCCUUUCAACUAUGUUUGGUAGUGAAGAAGUAAAGGAUUAUUUGGACCAGGAUGAUGAUACACCGGAAGAUAACGUUGCGAUAGCAGCCGAAAAAUUACAGGAACCACAGGAACCAGAUGCAAUACCAAUGGCAACGGAUGUAGGCGAACCAGAGCAAGAGGCCAGGACAACGAUUGGGCCAGAAGGUGAUCCAGUGGAAAAGCCAGAAGCCGAACAAGAAGCCGAAUUAGAAGCUGAGCUAGAAGCCGAGUCCGGCGCCGCGCAAGAAGCCGAGCUACAGCUCGAGCCCGUUGUGCCAGAUGUCCCGCCUUUGGUUACAAGUUCCCAUGGAUUAGUCAAGCCUCCUCCAGUCGCUCAAGCUCCUGAAACGGAAGUAAGAAUGGUAACAACCAUCGAAAAGUUCGAAUUCGUACCCGGCAGUGAAGAAAUCUUCCCGUCUACGCCCGCAGACGAUUUGAAGAAAUACACGGCAUUGAACGAUAAUGAAUACGAAAGGAAAGUAGAGCAGAAAAUAGCGAAACUUAUCAAUGAUAUUGAUAUAAAAGAUCUCUUGAAAUCCGAUUCAAAUGAAACUAAAUUAUUGGAAGCGGCUGAAAAAAUUGAAAAGGAGACCUUAGUAGAGUUAAAUGAGUCAGAAUAUACAGACAGCACUGAAGACUAUAUCGUGCCAGGUGGUUCAAAUGAUACUCUGAAGGUGCAAGACGAAGGCCUGAGUAUUCCAAUAAUGCCAGUUAAAGAUUUAACUUUCAGGCAAAACCAUACACAACAUCCUGCCGAUAUACAGACCGACAGAGAUACUUUCACAUUUAUAAUAUUAGUAUAG